GUGUGGCCACCUGGAGGGGGAUGCUAAAGAAGUAUCCCCUAUCUUCACACAGUUCCUAGACUGUAUCUGGCAGUUAAUGGAACAAUUUCCUUGUGCCUUUUAGUUUAAUGAAUAUUUCUUGCCAGAAAUUCAUGACCAUCUUUUCUCCUGCCAGUUUCGGAACUUCCUUGGAAACUGCCAGAAGGAUCAAGAAGAUCUGAGAAUCUAUGAGAAAACCCAUUCCGUGUGGCCUUUCUUGGUUCAGAGGAAACAAGACUUCAGGAACCCUCUCUAUAAAGGCUUCAUUGUGUAUGGGGUACUCAAUCCUAGUACUGUGCCCUACAACAUUCAGUUCUGGUGUGAGAUGUAUAACCACUUUGACAAAGGGCUGCAGCCCAAGCAGAGUAUGCUAGAGAGCCUCUUGGAAACUAAGAAGCAGAGAUCAAUGCUGGAGGCAGAUGUGCACAAACUAGAAAAGAAAGUGAAAGCCCAUGAUGAGCCACAAGAAGAAUUCUGUACCUGCUCUCAAUUAGGGCAUUUAUUAUCUCAACACCUUGGAACUCCUUUAACCAAUCCUCUCAGCUUUAUGGGUAUUGAUGGAGACCUGAAUACCUUGAUGGAGAAUGGCACUCUUUCUAGGGAAGGAGGCCUUUGAGUUCAGAUGGAUCAAGUAAAAAUCCAGUGUGCAGACCUCCACCCUGACUAUUAUGGGACCAUGGGCAACCUUAGGCCCAUAAACAUUUCUGGGGAUGUCGGCUUCUCUGGAGGCACAGGCAUCUAUGGUGUCUCAGGCAUCUCUGGCAACACGGGCACCUCUGAGGCUAUGGGCUUCUAUGAAGACAUCAGCAUCUCUGGGGCCAUGAGCUUCUCUGGGACCACAGGCAUCUCUGAAGACACAGGACUCUCUAAGGCCAUCACCAAGGAGGAAGGUUUCUCUAAGCAACAGUGA